AGUACAUAAUAAGCUAACAGUCCAUUCCGUGCGCAGCCACAAAGCUAGCUUAUUUCCCUUCCCUUCACGCGGCAAGCGGCGGCCGGCCUUCCGCCGCCAUGGCCACCACCACCGCGCCCGUCCUCCUCGUCUUCCUCGUUGCCAUUGCCACGUCCGUCGCCCCCUCAUUCCCCAUCCUGACGAUGGCGGCGGACGCGGACAACGGCACCACCCACCUGAGCUUCUUCAUGCACGACAUCACGUCGGGCGCCAGCCCGACCGCGGUGAAGGUGAUCAAGGGGCCCGGCGCGGGGUCCACCCCGACGGCGCCGGCGCUGGGCAUGACGUUCGGCGACACCAUGGUGAUCGACGACCCGCUGACGGAGGAGGCGUCGCCCGCGUCCGCCGCGCUGGGCCGCAUGCAGGGCUUCUACAUGCUGGCGUCCCAGACCGGGGCGGCGCUUAUGGUGUGCGCCAACCUGCUGCUCACGUCGGGGGCCCACAACGGGAGCACGCUCGCCGUGCUGGGCCGCGACGACACCGGCCAGGACGUCCGGGAGAUCCCCGUCGUCGGCGGCACCGGGACGUUCCGGAUGGCCACGGGCUACGUGCUGUGGAAGACGCCGGAUGGGAUCAACGGCACCGACGCCACCGUCCAGCUGGAUGUCUACGUCACCACGGACGGCAACGGCACCACGGACGCCGGCGACGCCGACGGCGGAGGCGGAUCCCCGUCCGCAGGGUCAGGGUCGUCGGGGUCGUCGGGAGGCUCCAAGUCCACCUCCGGUGCCGAGAGUAGGAGGAGGAGGAUGACCGGCGGGUGGGUCGUCGCCGUAGUGGUUGCGGUGGUUGGAUCCUUCUGGGUUUGGUGAGCAACGACCUGUUGACGAAGGAUGGGGGUGGGUGGGUGGUGUGUGAGUGGGGUGGUGGUCCCACAUGCUGGUGGGUGAGAGUGGGUGCAUGUGCUCUGCUGCGGCAUGUCGGUUGCCGGCAUCAUUCCUAUCUAUCUGUAUUGGACUUGUUCUAGAGCUUUUGCUUUUCGCAAAAAAAAAGACAUGCGGGUCAUUAUGUU